AUGCCUGGAGUCGCGCAGCCGAAAGAAUGGCCCCAGAAGGCAAGAUGGCGACUCAGCUCGCGGCGAGACGCUCCUCCCAGCAUGCCUAGCGGCCGGCCUGGAGACGAGGCCGACUGAUGGGGAUCCGGCGGGAUCCUGUGAGCCGCCGGGGCUGAGGCGCAGCCGCGGGCCUGGGCGUUGGACGCUCGCAGAGUGCCAAGAUGGAGACGUGGCGCUGUGUGAGGAGGGGCUACGGCCGCUGUGUGGCGGGGCGAGGCCGGUACUCCAUGUUUCCCUAUCCUCUGAAGAGUUUGGGUCGAGACUGGACCUUACCGUGGGAGGAUCUGCAGAGGUAUUGCUGGAACAGACACAUUUCCAGUUGUCUGAGGUGGCCUGGACAUUACUCACGUUCGCCAUACCCAUAUUUCAGUAGCAGGCAUUUCUCACUGAACUGUAGACCACCUCUUCUGUUUGAAUCUGGAACUCAGUUUCAGUACUGUAAUUGGAGACCUGACCAUCUGAGCAACACAUCCUUGAUCCGGCUCUCCAGUUAUAUCAUGAACUCUGACAGAGAUGAGCCCUCAUCCAAACGAAGAAAACACCAUGGAACAAUAAAAAGGAAUUGGGAGUAUUUAUGUAGCCAUAAUAAAGAAAAAGUGAAGGAUCUAGACGGCAAAAAUGUUGACUCUGUGUGUGAGGACAAUGAAGAGAAGUUUGACUUUUCAGUGAUGUCUUACAAUAUACUCUCACAAGAUUUACUGGAGGAUAACUCCCACCUUUAUAGACAUUGCCGACGCCCAGUGUUACACUGGAGUUUUCGGUUUCCCAAUAUUCUGAAGGAGAUCAAACAUUUUGAUGCAGAUGUGCUUUGUCUGCAGGAAGUCCAAGAAGAUCACUAUGGAGCAGAGAUCAGGCCGAGUCUAGAAUCACUGGGCUAUCACUGUGAGUAUAAGAUGAAGACAGGAAGGAAACCUGAUGGCUGUGCCAUUUGCUUCAAACAUUCCAAAUUUUCACUGCUGUCAGUGAACCCAGUAGAGUUCUGCCGCCGUGAUAUUCCUCUGUUGGACAGAGACAACAUUGGACUAGUGUUACUCUUGCAACCCAAAAUCGCACGUGCCGCCUCUCCCUCCCUCUGUGUAGCUAACACCCACCUGCUGUACAACCCACGGCGAGGUGACAUAAAGCUGACCCAGCUGGCAAUGCUGCUAGCAGAGAUCUCCAGUGUGGCCCAUCGGAAAGACGGUAGCUUCUGCCCCAUCAUCAUGUGCGGUGACUUUAAUUCGGUUCCUGGUUCUCCACUCUAUAGUUUCAUAAAGGAAGGAAAAUUGAACUACGAAGGACUUGCAAUUGGAAAGGUAUCUGGCCAGGAACAGUCUUCACGGGGACAGAGAAUUUUAUCUAUUCCAAUUUGGCCCCCAAACCUAGGCAUCUCACAGAACUGUGUGUAUGAGGCACAGCAGGUUUCCAGAGUAGAAAAGACAGGUAGAGAUCUGACACAAACUCAGCUGGAGAAGACAGAGGUCCUAGUGUCAGCUGAAAAGGUGCCUUCACAUCUCCGGCACCACUUCAGCUUGUCAUCUGUUUAUUCUCAUUACCUUCCUGACACUGGACUUCCAGAGGUGACCACCUGCCACUCCCAAAGCGCCAUAACUGUUGAUUAUAUCUUCUACUCUGCAGAAAAGGAGGACACUGCCAGGGGUCCAGGAGCUGAAGUGGCUUUGGUUGGUGGCUUGAAACUUCUGGCUAGACUGUCGCUUCUUACAGAACAAGACUUGUGGACUGUGAAUGGACUUCCCAAUGAACACAACUCUUCAGACCACCUGCCUCUACUGGCUAAGUUCAGGCUCGAACUCUGACUCCGCUGCUUAGUCACAAUUUCCUGUCUUCUCAGAGGCUGUAAAGACAGUCAUAACUGUUUGCAUGUUGUUCAUUUCUGUGCUUGGGGUUCUGAAUUUGCUCUGUGCUUGAAACAGGUUGGAAAAAACAAGUUUACAACAGUUUUUUUAAAUGAAAUUAUUUUCCUGACAACUGAUGUCUAACCACUUUUUAUUGUAAAAAGAUUAAAUAACUUCUGAGUCCUGAUAAAGUGAACAGCAUUUUGAAGUGUAGUUCAUCUCCUUGGCUUUCUAGACAUGAAUUCAGUGCUUUUCAGUCCAUCCAGUGGACCUACCAGGACUUGCAAAGCUCAAGUUGUUGCCUUUUCUGGAGGCCUAAUUUCAGUGGGAGGAAGAAGCUUGCACUUGUUGAGAGCUAAUCAGUUCUUAGAAAUCACCGGCUCAUUCAGUCACGGGUGUCCAACCACAUUAGCUUCUGAAGAGGAUUGAUGAUGCUCUUGAGUUGUAUUAAUAUAAUGACCCACUUCACUGCCAUCCUGAGCUGUGGAAUAUGCCUAUACUUUGUUGGGGAAAUAGUUGAGAAACGCAGGUCACUCUCAUAAGAGGGCAUAGCUCUUAGCCAGAUGAUGGUGGUACAUAUUUGUAACCUUAGUGUUUGGGAGGUGAGGGCAGGAUUAGCCAUUUAAAGCCAACUUUAGCAACAUAGCAAGUUUGAGCCUGCCUGAGCUACAUGAAACCCUAUCUUAAAAA